AUGAGCCUUGAAGCGGCGGCGCGAAAUCGUUCGCCUUCUUUGCCAGGUUCUGGACGUUCGACACCAGUCCCUCGAGCUUCAAGACGAGCUGUCGAGGACGAUGCUUUAAAGGCCGACAAAGGCCUCCGACGAUAUGGAGUGGCCAUCGAGCGGGCCCUGUCCUCCUGGGAGAUCUCGCCUCAGGAGUGGGCUGACUACAUUGCUUUUCUUGGUCGUCUAUUGAAGGCAAUCCAAGCCCAUCCGGGCGAUGCUGCAUUAUUGCCGCACAGUGGCGACAUUGCUUCGAAGUUAGCACAGUGUCUGAAUCCAGCAUUGCCUUCAGGGGUUCACCAGAAAGCCCUGGAGGUUUACGACUAUAUCUUCACGACCUUUGGCCAAGGAUUUCUCGUGGGCCACCUCCAUGAAUUUCUGCCAGGGCUCGUGCCAGUCUUGUCGUUCGCAUCACUUUCGGUGAGACCGGAGCUGUACAAAUUGCAUGAAGACUACAUCGUCCAUCUAUCCAUCACAGAAUUGAGGCCAGCGCUCAAGUCACUGCUGCUAAGUCUACUUCCAGCGCUCGAGGACGACACCAGCGAGGACUUCGACCGAGCAUGCCGCAUUGCGCAGCGUCUAGAGGAAGUCUUUUCGCCUACCGACGACGAUGACGAUCAGGACUCGGAGAGAGACGGGUACUUCUGGCAGUGCCUGUUUCUCUCGGUCAUUACCAGCACGGCGCGGCGACAAGGAGCGCUCAACUAUCUCGUACGAAGGCUGCCCAAAUUUACAGUCUCGCCUCGACCCUCAUCGUCGAUAGGCUUUGAGACGGAUCAUCAGCAACAAAUGAGUCUCGCACCGGCGGCUGAAGCAAUUCUUUCACCAGAGCCAGGACUCUUGCUCCGUUGUUUCGCUUCUGGUCUCUCCGACGAUCAAAUCCUAGUACAGCGGGGAUUCCUUGAUCUCCUUUUGACCCACAUACCACUCGACUCUCCUGUGAUCCAGGCAAAAGUGCGCGCGGAAGACGUUGACAGGUUGAUUAAUGCCGCAACCCGUGUGCUCUUGCGAAGAGAGAUGAGUCUCAACAGGAGAUUGUGGUCUUGGUUUCUUGGCCCAGAUGUUCCAGCGGACGCCGAAGCGCACCACGGCACUUCGACAGCAUCACACGGCAAGCGAGUGUUGGAAAAGGAUCGACAGUUUCGUUAUUUCUCCACCUACGGCAAACAUCACCUCGAAAGAUGCAUCCUUGCCAUGUUCGCCAGGUCAAGUACAGAUCCAGUCGACCGAGCUCGGCCCUUUCGCAUAUGCCUAUCCCUGAUGGACCGCUGGGAGAUUGGGGGCUCGGUCGUGCCAGUGAUCUUCCUGCCAGCGAUGCGGAACAUUUACUCGUACAGCUUGGAGGCAUCGGCGGGACAGGUUUCUGAAGUGUUGCGCAGUGCAAGCCUCUUCUUCGACGGCGUCGAAUCAAUGCUCAUCUGGGCGAACCUGACGAAGCUACCCAUGGACCCAGAAGGCCGACCGGAUCGACAAGAAGGAUUGAGGAUGCUUGCGUGGAUCGUACGAAACUUCAAUGUCAGGGACGAAGAGAUGGUUACCGUCCAUAUCCCAACCACAGCCGCUCUCAUUCUAUGUAUACUUGCCAGCUCUGAAGUACUCGCGCCCUGGAGCAAUGCUGCGAUUGACACAAUAGGCCUCUUGCUGGAUAUCGUACCAGAGAGACUCUUGUCCACAACAAACUCAAAGACUGGCAGUAUGAACGACGAGCAAUUGGACGCUGCAUGUUCCGGUCUGCAGCAGAGAACAAGCGAUUUUUAUCAGACGCAAAACUCAUCCCAGGACGUUAGCGUGCCGAUUGCAGCUGAUCAAGUCGCAGGCAUCCUUUGGCGGUUGAUGAAGGAUGUCGCUUUGCAAUGGCUGAGCGAUGCAAAUCACGAUCGCUUUGGUAGAACUGUUGCACUCCUGCUUGGACUGGGAUCUAAGCUGUCGACUGUCCCCAAAUCGUGGACUAUCAACCUCCUUAGAGACCUCCCAGCCGCAAUGGAUUCGGCGCGCAAAAGCUCGACCAUGAGCUUUCCUGCGAUAAGCUCACUUGUCUCCUUGCUUACGUGGCUGAGCUCAAAGUUGAAGACGGAGAAUACAACGGAUCGCUCAUCCCUUGCGACACUGCAACGGACACUGAACACAGAAGUUUGGCCGUACAUGUCACCAUCCCGUCCCAAGUACAAUUUGGAAGCCGUCAAGGCCGUAUGGCAGCUUCACGAUCACUCAACCUCGCUCGACAUGGUCAGGGACACCUUGACGGCACUUGUGCGCAAUCCGCACGAUGCGGCACAAUCCUCAGACUACGAUCGCGUAGAGCCUAUUCGUAGGUUCAUUGUACUGUGGAACCACACCGUAUCCGCAUCUGGUGGUGCGAGGAAGUCAUCCACCACGCGACGAGGCAGCACAAUGGCGAGUACUUCUGACAGUAGACAAACAGCAGAGCGGCAGGCAGUACUGGCCACACCGCUGAUGCUUGUUCUCGACUCACUCAACGACGCUACGGGGCCUGCUUACGAUGUGGUCAGUACCUGGAUUCGCAGCACUUCAAAUUUGGAGCACAUUCUAAGCAUGCAAUUCGAUCUUCUGCUUGAGGUGAUGGAAUCAUCUAACGGUCGCGCCAGCAGUAGCCGUAAGGCAAGUAGCCGUGUACCUUCCGAGAAGCUACGUGAUCUGGAGUAUGCGUUGGGCCAUUUUCUCGACAUCUUACGCUGCGAGGACGACAGAAUAUGGCAAUGUCUAGGUGACAUGACUGGGCUUGGUGUUCAGCAAGAGCAUACAAGCUCUGGGCCGUUCGUCCUUGCGGAGUGGUGCGCGAGCUUCAUUUGUGAGGAACGCUACGCCUCAAUAAGACUCCAACGAAAGUCAAUCGACAUUCUUCUUGCUCUGCUUUCGGGUCCCUCGGCAGGCGCUCUACUAUCCCUCGAACUGGACUCAAGACUGCUCGAGCAUCUGAUGCAAUCCCUGGCUCAGGGGUCGCGCGAGCUGCAAGGCCUCUUGCUCAGACUUAUCACACUAGCACUGAGCCUCCGGUUAUCUGCGAACGGUGUCGACCGGGCUCCUUCUACUGGCAAAAGAAGCUCUAUCAGCCUAAACCGUCCACCUCAAGCUGGCCCAAAUCCAAGUCCCAACUCGUCCAGCACCAAUUUGGCAGCAUCCCCACCGCCGCAGUUGCUGGAGUGCUUGAAAGCUGGCUUCAGCUCGCAAUGUUCGAGGCCUUUCCUUGGCCAAUGGGUACUUUUCCUGUCGAACAUACUUCCUUUGUGCGCACAUGCUAUAUUUGCCAGUCUGCUACCGCUUGUCGGAUGCUUCUGCAAAGAGCUAAACAAGGUCCACGACGACCUCGUCGCACUCUCAACAACUCACGGUGAUUGCGCGACGGCUUCACCCGAGUUGGCGGGGAUGGCAUUGCUAGAAGCACUUGAACUUGUGCUGUCUCAGGCACACGAGCUUCUUGUCGCAGAUAAUAAUGCGGAACCGGAACCAAAGCAGACAUCACAGACUCGCAGUAUCUUGGGGAAUGUCACCGCAGGCUUUUCCAGAGCAGAAAGCCUACCCAGUAGGUCCACCCAAGCAAACAGUCGUCUUACGGUGGUGCUGGCAUUGCAGGAUGCUGUCCGAACUUCCGUGGAUCUUUGGGUAUGGUCCAGCCGCUACACAGAAGCCGAUGGAUACGACAACAGCUCGGCUGCUUCCGCUUCGUAUAACGCCCUCAAGCUUCGCACGCGCACAAGACAUCUACUGGAGCAGAUAUUCGCGGUCGAGCCUUUGGAGGCUCUAGAGGUCGUCAUGUCGUCGUGGUAUCACUCUGCAUCUUUGGGUUACGCCGGCGUGGCCCUAGGUCUGCUCCAUGCUAUGCAAGGCUUGAGGCCCAAGAACAUUGUACCAGCCACGCUAGACGCUUUAUGCAGCAGAACGAACCCAACAGCGCUUUCGCCGUCUCGAUUGUCCUCCCAGACGAUUGAUCUGACCGCGCCAGACAUCGUUCUCUUCCUGCAGGCCUACCUUGAAUCUGUAGAAGAUGACGCAAUGGACGAAAUCUGGCCUGACUGUACAGCAUUCCUCAGAGACGUCCUGUCGAAUCCUCUACCAUACAGACUGGUCCUACCUGGGCUCUUGUCAGUGAUCCUCUUGCUGGCCCAAAAGGUGGACAACACCAAUUUCGGCGAGCAACGGAAGAUGCGCCGUGACCUUGGUGACCUCUUCAUGCGGCUUCUAAGCGCGACCUUUACCACGACGCCCGCCAGCCACACCCAGACCGAUACUCUGAACGGAGCUGACUUCCAGGAGGGGGGAGGGAUGAACUCGAGCAAGAGUCGUCGUCCGUUGAGCUUAGUCUCCGUCCUCAAUACGAUCAUGGCAAACAUUGAGACCAUACUGGAAAGUCCAGAUCGAGUUACGACUGCCACUAACAAUGUCACUGCCAGUCUGCUUUCACCGAGCAUUCACUCUAAAACCUUCCCGAGCAAUAUGAAUGCCAGCACCUUGGCGCUGCUGCUACAGAUAAUGAAGAAGUCGCCGCAAGCUAAAUCUUGGAAGAAGGAGUUGUCGGAUGCUUUCAACGAUCCAAGGCUGUUGACGACUCCUGUCACGGCAAUGGAAAACGACUGGUUCCCGGUAUUCUACCAAUGGACCAUUCACGACAAAGAACGGAUGCCAGAACUCGUCUCGCGACUUGUCGCUCCUUCAAGCGCGGGCAUCAUGUUCGGUGUCGGCGCAAGCGCUGCAAGGCUGGACGCAGACCGGAAGGCUCAGCUGAAUGUGCGCCGCAUCUGCUUACUGCUGUUAGCGGCACCAAAAGAUGCAUUUGUCUCUCAGUUGAGAGAUAUGUGGGAGAAGUUGGUUGAGCUGUUCGAUGCCAAUCUCUCUUCCUCGCCAUCGGCAGCGGUGAAGGCGGAGCUGUUCAUGCUUUGCCGUGCACUGGUCUUGUCAACCAGCACCAUACACCUCGCUCCACUCUGGCCGGUCAUCAACGACAAUUUACAAGCAGCUUUCAUGUCCUUGUCGUCUGGAGGAUCUAGUAAAGCAACAUUUGGCAACCUGGCGCUCUUGCAGGCUUGCAAGCUACUGGACCUACUUGUCGCAUUGUCUCCGGAUGAGUUCCAGCUCCAUGAAUGGCUGUACAUCACCGACACUACCGACGCCGUCUACCAGCCUUCAAAUUGGACACCAUCGGCACUCAGCGACCAGAUAGCAGAGCACCUGACUGUUGAUGGUCUCGACGACAGUGCCGGCGCGCUUGCUCCAACACCGGUCGCAAGCACUGUCUCCGGCCGGCGACGACCUCUGAUUGACAACGAUACUAAUGUAGACAAGGGCGACUACAAGGCCAUGGCGCCGGAAGACUUUGCUCGGAUCGUGUUGAGGCCGUUCUUGAGCCAGCUGAGCAUACAUGCCUACGAAGGGGUGUACAGUAUGGACGUUCCAGACACCGGUGUGUGGAGGCGGAUACUGCUCGGCGACAUCCUCGACGUGAGCACUGUGGUGAGUUGA